UUUCAGAUGUCACAGUUAUUGCAUUUCUUGCACCCAGUGACUGCCAUGGCUCUAGCUGUCGUGUGUAUCGUGGUGAUUGAAUUAUGCUGGAGUGUGGGCUUGAACACGUUGGUAAGCACCAUGAAGUCCUGGCUUCAGGAUCAAGGCUUCACCAACGCCGAUAGCAGUUCAGUGCAUCAGAUCUUCACGCUCCUCUCCUUUGCCUUUUGCUUCCUGGGUGGUCUCCUGGCUGAAACCUAUGUCGGCCGUUACACCACCAUCCUCGUCUUCUCGGCCAUCUACGCGGCCGGCUGCGCGCUGACGGCCUUCGCCGCCACGCCCGCCAUGGAGAGCAUCCCGCUCUUCAUGGUCGGCAUCCUGGUGCUGACGGCGCCCGGCACAGGUGGGGUGAAACCUAACAUCGGCACCUUCGGGGCGGACCAGUUUGAUGACCUAGCAGAGUCGGGCAGGCGGAAGGAGGCCUUCUUCAUGUAUUUGUACGUCACCAUGAGCGUGGGUGCGGUGAUUGCAUUUGGAUUUUUAGCAAACGUGGCCACUGCAGGCUUGCCAGGCAUUCCCAAAGAAGAUGGUUUCUUUUGCGCCUACAUGAUCAUGGCCAUCCUUAUGGCCAUUGCUUUGCUUGUGUUCAUCGUGGGCACGCCGUUUUACCGCAAGGAAAGCUUUGACAAGAACACAGAGCCAGUGCUGAUGCUGACAGUGCAGCGCUUACUAGGCGGCCGGCAGAAGGUCUUGGGCAAAGUGGCAUUGUUGGGCUGGGUGCUGCUACCUACACUCAUCAUCCUGUCCGUGUUGCAAGUCUUCUACCCAUCACACUCACUGACGAUUGUGAGCCUGUUGGCUGAUUUGCUAUGCAUUGGUUGCCUGUGUGUGGCGCACCGCGACAACUGCUGGUUGGGCGAGCCUGACCGUGUGACGAGAUGCUUGGAUGUCGUGCCCAAGAUCAUUGUGGGUAACGUCACUUUCAAUGUGCUCUACAACACCAUGUUCAGCCUCUUCUACUCCCAAGCCUGUCAGAUGGAUACGCGGCUGGGAGGUGGCAUGCAGCUCAGCGGAGCCUUCUUCAAUCUGGGCGAUGCCUUGGCGGUGAUCCUUUUCACGCCUUUGCUGGAGCGAUGUAUGGUCCCUGCUGCAGAGAAGCUCCUCAGGAGGGAGGUGAGCAGCAACAUGAAGGUCUUGACAGGUAUAGCCAUUGCCAUCGGCUCACAGUUCACGGCUGCCAGCCUGGAGUAUGCGCGCCGCAAUGCAGAGGUUUUACCCAUCCCUUCGAAUUGUGCUCCGUUGGCUGCCGACGGGCAGCAUGUAAGGAUGAGCGCAAUGAGCGGGUUUUGGAUGGUUUUGCCGUAUGCCAUGGUGGGCAUAGGUGAAGUCCUGGUAAACCCAGUGCUUUGGCAUGUGGCCUACACUGCAGAGCCCUCCAUGAAAUCCCUGAUGCAAGCGUUCUGCCAGUUUGCCAUGGGUGGCCUUCCCAACGCCAUUUCAGCCGCCUUGACCCAGGCAACGAAGAGUUGGACGCCGAAUGACCUGAAUCAGGGCAAUUUGCCCAUGGUCUAUUUCGUGAACGUCCUGUUUUGCCUGGCAGGUGGCGCUGUCUACGUGUCUUUGACCCGAAGCGCUGGUUUUUCCACAGACGGCGAGAAGGAGUGGAGGGUCGCAGAAGAGUCCAGCGAAGCUGGAGAAUCCGACAGCUCAGAAAGCAUUGCCUCUUCCUGAGGCACAGAAAGGAAAAAGAACUUCGUUGAGACAAUUAUUCCUUUUUUGGAGAAUUAAGACCAUGUUUUUCUGUCUUAGAUAUGGGAUUCAAUUAGAGGUUCCAGGCUUCUCCUAUGAGUCUGCCGUAAAAAGACACGGCCAUUUCUGAGUCACCACUCAUGGGGGCUCGUGGCUCGAGGGGUGUUUUUCCCUAAAUUUUCCAACCCCUAGGGCUCCAAAUACUUCCUCAGAUGGUGUUUGGAGUGGGUUUGAGGGGUCCAAAUACCUUCUGAGGAAGUACUUGGAGCCCUAAGGAACCAGUUCUUUGAACAGCCUGUUUUAGCGACUCGCUGGUGGUGAACCGGCUGGGGAGACAUCGUGGGAGACUCAUCGAUGGUUUCAGACCCCCAGCCGGAUUCCAGCAAUCCAAAGUGUUUGCAUCAGCGGAUCUUCAGAGACACGACAGGCAUUGCUUCGUUGCUUGGUGUACAUACCUGGACCCAGGCUCAAAUUUUUGCCUGUUCAAGAGAAUCGGCCUGAACCAGGUUGUCUCCUAGGCAAAAAUGAAGAGCACUUACAGUGGUUUCAGAGUGGACGGCGCAACUACCCCUAAGACCCUAAGAUGACUCCGAUGGGGGUCCAUAAUCACCAAACUCGGGGUCAUUUGUGCAAUCAUCU